CUGCCCGUAGCUGGCGUCCCCAACAUGGCGGCUCCCCAAGAUGUCCACGUCCGGAUCUGCAACCAAGAAAUUGUCAAAUUCGACCUGGAGGUGAAGGCGCUUAUCCAGGAUAUUCGAGACUGUUCAGGACCAUUAAGCGCACUCACUGAACUGAAUACUCAAGUGAAAGAGAAGUUUCAGCAGUUGCGGCACAGAAUACAGGAGCUUGAGCAGUCUGCUAAAGAGCAAGACAAAGAGUCAGAGAAGCAAGUUCUGCUCCAGGAAGUGGAGAAUCACAAAAAGCAGAUGCUCAGCAAUCAGACCUCCUGGAGGAAAGCUAAUCUUACUUGCAAAAUUGCUAUCGACAGUCUUGAGAAAGCAGAACUUCUCCAGGGAGGAGACCCCUUAAGGCAAAGGAAAACCACCAAAGAGAGCCUGGCCCAGACGUCCAGUGCCAUCACAGAGAGCCUCAUGGGGAUCAGCAGGAUGAUGUCCCAGCAGGUCCAGCAGAGCGAGGAAGCCGUGCAGACGCUAGUCAGUUCUUCACGGACUCUCCUGGAUGCAAAUGAAGAAUUUAAGUCCAUGUCGGGGACCAUCCAGUUGGGCCGGAAGCUCAUCACAAAAUAUAAUCGCCGAGAACUGACAGACAAGCUUCUCAUUUUCCUUGCCCUGGCCCUUUUUCUUGCUACAGUCCUCUAUAUUGUAAAAAAGCGGCUCUUUCCAUUUUUGUAAGAUCUGAGUGCUGCCAGCGUCUGCCCUUUAAGCUCCAGUGUCAGGAUCCAGCCGUGCUCCUGAGCCCUGGCCCAAGCUGCCAAACCCAUCCACGCACCCCAAGUCGGAUCCAGUUGCUCAGCAGGUCAAAUGGAGACACAGCCCCCCAGGUUUCUGCAGGUGGCUGGCUGUUAAAGGGCGAGCAGAGCAAGGAGAGGCCUGUCAUCAGGAUACCUACAGGCCACAGGGACUCCAAGAGCCAUCGCACACUAUGGGUGGCUGCCAUGUAGGGCACUCAGAGGCCAGCCUCCAGGAUUUGAUGCUUCUCCUCUCUCUCUCCCACUGUAGCUUUAAUGCCAGGUCUGGUGGAGGGAAGAGAGAAGCGGGGGAAGAAAGACGAUGAAAACUCAAAUCCAUUCCUUGAAUAAACUUGACUGUAUUUAGCAGAAUGAAAUGCAUUUGGUUGUAUAAGGUAUACCUCUGGGAAUUUGUGUGCCUCUUUUGUGAUGUUCAGAUUUGUAGGACGUAAACUUAAAUCAUUUAUUUGUUCGUUAAACAAAGAAUUAUUAAGCAGCAGCUGCACACAGUGGAUUAUAGACACUGCUGACUGUUACAAAUACGUUGGUAAAGCAGCCAUGGUCCUUCCCUCAAGGAGCAAGAAGAACAAGAUCCCUCGGAGUCUAAGGAAGGAGCGUGCAAACAGCCCCCACUGGAGGUGGCUCACCCAACAUCUGAAAAGGCUGAGGCAGACAGCCUUCUCCUCUUUCUGCGCACAGUGGCCUGGCCUGGCUUGGGAGUGUGCAGUGUCUCAGGGGCCAGCCCACGCCUUUCUCUUUGAGGUCCAGAGCUAAAUAUAACCAGGGAGAGCAAAGCUAGUGAUAAGCUGAGGCCUGUCUGGGCCUGAGUUCUGUUGAGGCCAGGGGGAUAGGGCCUGGGCUAGGCCAGGCUGGAGAUGUUCGUUUUUCCUUGUGCUGUAGGCCUGGCUGACCUUGCACAUGAAAUCCCAGCCCCCACCCCCCCAACACACACUAAUUAUAGCCUCAGAGGGGUAAUGUAGAGGCAGAGGGGAAAGUGGAAGGAACAUGGACUUUGAAGCUUGGCUCAAAGACUUGGUUUUGAGUCUUAGCUCUAUUACUAAUGGACCACAUGACUUGGCAAAUUAUCUUAUGUCACUAAGCCUCAAUUUCCCCACCUGUAAAAUAGGAGGUGAUAGUCCAUAUAGAUGCUCAGGGAGUCAAUUUGAGAAUCAAACAAGAAUGUAAAGUAGCAAGUGCAACUUCUGUCUGACUGAGCAAUGGGCUUCCCAAAUGUAGCCACCUCCAGGACACUGGGCCCUGAGGUUUCCUGCAGGAAAUAGCCAGGGGCUUUAGGGAAAGCUGGCCUGGGCACUGGAAGUUCUGUUUAGAUCUGUUUGGGCAGGGGGUGUUAACAGUUAAGGCCUCAGUUAUGGAAUGCCAGAUUGUGGUGGGACCAAGUUAUAAGAGAUUGGCUGUACAUCUCAGACUAGUUAGUUUAAUGUGUAGGUUCUGAGUGCGUGCGCGCGCGCGCGCACACACACACACACACACACACACUCUCUCCCUCUUUAUAUAUCAUCCUUAAACAAUUUCUGGCCCCAGAAGACACUCAGUGCAAAUUGUGCACGCAUGUGUCUUAUUUAUAGUCAAAUUAAAGCUGAGAAUAAAGCACAGAUGGGAAAUUCCCACUCAGAUUCCAGCUGUAAGUGCAGCAGAUGGAUGUUACCAAGUUAGGAUUUUCUUGUCUUAACAUUUUUCUUUAUUACUUCCCGCUAAUUGUCAACAUCCUCCUCACAAUAUGGAAAUAUGUGGGCUCUGUACUCCCUAAAAAUUCUCCCUUUGACACUUUAUUCCUCUUUUACUUGCCUGCUUCUGAAAAUAGGAUUGAAUUUGACCCAUUUUGAAAUGUCACUGAUAACAUUUUAUCUUACAACUCCAAUCAGCUGCCAGGGUUAAAAGUCGUCCCCACGCGGGCUGGCUGUGCAGGACGAGGCCAUCUCCAUGUUCAGCCAUGAGGGGGCAGUGUUCACAUUCGCUCUAUCAUCUUGCUGUAAGUCGACUAUCUCCGUCAGUCUGUGUGAAAUGCUUUUAUGGAUUUUUGUUUUUUAACAGGUUUUUUAAAAAAAUACAAAUGUACGAAGCUUACCUAUAUAUCUUGUUUUGGGAAGACAUUUCAUGAAUGACCUGAGUUUUCACUGUUAAACAGUAAGGCAAACUUGUAUUCCACAUUUUGUAUUAGCUGACAGUCAAGGAAUUAAAAGUAUAGAGCAGUUGUCAAGAGAUCUUUCAUUCUAGAAGUGUUUAUAGAGCACCUACUUUGUGCCAGGCACUGUGUUAGGGAUUCACAGUGAACAAAACGAGGAGUGCUUGCCAUCAUGGAACUUAUGUGGGGGAAGGCGGGCAGAUGAUAAACAAUUACCAUACUGAGUCAGUCAUUCAUUACGUUAGAAGGUAAGUGUUUGGGGGGAAGUGGAGCCGGCUAGUGACGAGCUGGCGCGUAGGCGUGGGGGCAGGUUUGCAAUAUUAAGUAACGUGGUCAGAGUUGGUCUCAUUGAGAAGGUGAGAUUCGAGCAUAGACUUGAGGCAGGGGAACUUAGCCAUGUGGACAGCCGAGGUCCGCACAGCAACCAGCUAGAGCAAAGGCCUGUUGUAAAUUAUUGUAAGAAAUUUAUAUUUGGUGCUCGUCCCGUUCCUGGCACAGAGCUCCUUAAACCGUUGGAAUUUUCUGUGACGAGAGUGCUAAUGGUGUCUUUUGUUACGUUAAUGAGGUGACUUUUGGAAAGCACUAAGGAUAAGGGCUAGUUGCCAGAGGAGCCAGCCAUGUGAUGAGAGGGUUGGAACCUUCAGUCCCACCCCCUGACCUCUGGGGAGGGGAGAGGAGUGGAGCUGGAGAUUGAAUUCAGGCACUAGUGGCCAGUGAUUUAAUCAAUCAUGCCUGUGUAAUGAAGCCUCCAAAAAACCCCAAAAGGACAGGGUUCAGAGAGCUUCCAGGUUGGUGAACACACAUGGAGAUUCCGGGGGAGUGGCACUCUCGGAGAGGGCGUGGAAGCUCCGCCCCCUUUCCCCAUACCUUGCCUUAUGCAUCUCUUCUAUCUGGAUGUUCCUGAGUUAUGCCCUUUCAUUAUAAACCGGUGAUCUUGUAAGUGAUCUUAAUGUUUCUCUGAGGUCUGUGAGCCAUUCUAGCAAAUUAAUGGAACCCAAGGAGGAGGAGGUCAUGGGAACCUCCAAUCUAUAGCCUGUUGGUCAAAAGCACAGGUGACAAUCUGGUUUGUGAUUGGCCUCUGAAGUGGGGGGUUAGAGGGCAGUCUUGGAGGACUGAGCCCUUAACCUGUGGGAUCUGACACUAUCUCCAGGUAGAUAGUUUCAGAAUUAAGUUGAAUUGUAGAACACCCAGCUGAUGUUGGACAAUUGCUUGGUGGUGUGGGAAAAAAACCCACAUUGCAAUUAGGUGCAGAAUGGGAGCAUGACUGGCAUAUUUGAGGAAUAGCAAGGAAGCCAGUGUGGAUAGAGCAGAGUGUGAGGAAUCAGGGAGAAGUACACAGGAGGUCAGAGAGACAGUGGUGGACAAAAUCAUAAAAGGCCUUGUAGGUCACUGGAGGGAUUGGCCUUGUACUCUGAGGGACAUGGGGAGCCUCUGGGGGCCUUUGAGCAAAGGAGUGACUUGAUAUGACAUGGAUUGAGAACAAAGUGCACCGGGAUAAGGGCAGAGCAGAGAGAGCAGUUAGGAGGACAACGCAGCUGUCCAGGUGGCUGAUGAUGGUGGCUGUACCAGGCUGAUAUCAGUAGAGGUGAUGAGAAGUAGUCACAUUCUGGAUGUACUUUCAAGAUAGAACCAACAGGAUAGGGUUUCCCGAAGGAAUGGAUGUCAUUCUUGAAGGAAAGAGAGCAAGAAACUAUGAGGUUUUUAGCCUACGUAACUGAAGGAGGAAGAUCAGGAGUUGGGUUGAGGACACGUUGGGUCGAGAUGUCUAUUAGACACCCAGGUCAAGAUGACAGGUACACGGGUCACAGUGUAAGUCUGGAGUUUGGGAGAGCAGUCAGGGUGAUAGAGGGAUAAAUUGGGAAGUCUCUGGGGUAUAGAUGGAAUUUAAAGCCAAGAAGUUGGGUGAAAUCACCCAGAGAUUUGAGUAUAGAGAAAAGGGCAAAGGGAGAAGAGGAAGCAGCAAAUGAGACUGAGAGGGAACGACCAGAGAGAGGAGGCGCUCUCACCAGGGAUGCUUCUUGGGGAGUCUAGCUGUGCUUUUAAUCACCAAGAAAGGAGAUUUUCUGAUCUUCGAGACUCUGUAUUUUUCUUCGUCAUUGUUAUUGUCAUCAUCACCGUGAUCAAAAGCAUCUAAUAUUUGUUGAGUUCCCACUAUGUCAGAUACCCGAGGACUGCACAGAAAUGUGAGGCCCUGUGCCCUUAUGGACAACACAGAAUGCCAGCAGUGCCUGUGCACUGGGUGCCGUGUGGGAUCUGCGGGGUGAGAGAGCCUUCCUCUGGACAGGAUGCGGAAGAGUUUGCUUCCCCCAUGAGCCACUGUUGUCUCUUCACUGCCCAACUCUGACACGGGUCUCCAUUUCUUCCCUUCCUGCUCCCCAGGCCACUUCAAUCUGGCUUUGGCUACCAUCACCCUUCCCAAAACAAGCCUUGCUGAGGUCCUCAGUUACCCCCAGGCCGCUCAUCUGGAGGCUGCUGCACCCACCUUUCCUCAUCUCUCGGCAGUUGUUGACCCCGUUGUUCGCUAGUUCUCCCCAGAAACCUCCCGCUUCUGUGACACACCCGCUCUUGGUUUUCCUCUUGCUUCUCUGGCAACUCCUCUCACUCUUCUUCGUUCAUCUUCUGUUCAGCCUUAAAUGCUGGCUUAGAUCUUGGCUCUUCUCCCUCCAUAUGUUCUUUCAAAGGCCAGGCCAUCCAUGCCCCAACAGCUUCGGUCAUCGUCUAGAGGAUCAUCCUCAGUAAUUCCAGAGUUAUAGCUCCACUGGGGAUUCUCAGGAGAGCUCCCACCCCUCUGUAAGCUCCAUCCGGGUGUCUCUGAGGCUCCUCCCCUCAGCGUGUCCCUGACUUGCCAUCCCACAAACAGCCUGCCCUUCUCCAGGCUUCCAUCUUCUCUGACGUGCCUCCCAUUUCCCCUUCCUGCGUUCCAUUUCCCUUCACCAAGCCCCUCUCCUUGACAUUCGUUCCCACCUGGUCCAGGCGAUGAGACUUCCUUCAACAGAUACCUGUCAACAUUGUUCUGAAAGGAAGGUAUCAGUACAUACAUUGUGCCGGUGAAUUUAGGCGCUCAGAAGGGCCCUGCUGGAGGCAGUGUAGCAGGGUGACUCAAUUAGGAGAUGCUUCUAAGGAAAAAAGACAGUAAAAAAAAAAGAGAGGGACCGGCCCCGGGGCUUAGCGGUUGAGUGCGUGCGCUCCGCUACUGGCAGCCCGGGUUCGGAUCCCGGGCGCACACCGAUGCACCGCUUCUCCCGCCAUGCUGAGGCCGCGUCCCACAUACAGCAACUAGAAGGAUGUACAACUAUGACAUACAACUAUCUACUGGGGCUUUGGGGAGAAAAAAAAAAAAAAGGAGGAGGAUUGGUAAUAGAUGUUAGCUCAGAGCCGGUCUUCCUCAGCAAAAAGAGGAGGAUUAGCAUGGAUGUUAGCUCAGGGCUGAUCUUCCUCACAGAAAAUAAAAAUAAAAAAAAUAAAACUACGUAUGCUUUAAAAAAAAAAAAAAAAAAGAGAGUAUAAUGUAAAAUAAGCUCUGUUUUCUUCCUUGGCUAAUGCUGGUCUCCCCUGGGGCCCUGCCUGAGGGUUGCCCAAGCUGUGUUUCUUCCCUAAGCAAGGGCAGAAUAAAAAUAGCUGAGGACUAAUCUAAGAGAUACCAGAGGGAGGCUCAGCAGUGUUGUCAGGAAUGAAGGGCUGCAGGCUGCGGCAGGGGAGGGCUGAGUGUUAUCAACCCUCCCUCCCUCGGUCCCCAACAACAAAGCCCCAGGGCCCGUGGUAUUGGUCAAUUUGUGUUUUCAAUGAACCAUAGUGCACAGUGGUCAAAAGUGUGGCCUUUGGUGGCAGAGAGGCCUGGGUUCUAAUUGUACUCUUCCUGGCCUUACGCCCCGGGGCAAGGGAUUGCCCCCCCCCCCCCCCCGCCCCCGUUGUUUCCUCAUCUGGAACACAGGGUUGGCCAACAGCCCUAAGAGGGUGCUGGGAGGAUUAAAGCACAGAGCUCAGCCCAGAGUCACACAGUAACCCGUAGGGCUGCUGCAUUCAUUCCUAAUCAAGAGCCCGUGGCCUCAUUCCCCUUUCUCUUUGGGGCUUUAUCUGGGGGAAUGGUGCCUAGGCAAAGAAGAGGAUGCUGGGGUUGGCAAGGAAUCAGGACCCAAGGAUGCAGUAUGGUUUCUCAAAUGGCAAAGGGCUGAGAGGGACAGAGCUGGCCGGGGCAAACUGGCAUCUUUCCCAAUCCAUCAAAAAAAGUCAAUGAGUAGAGUAGCUCAGUGUAAAAUGUUCUCUUUUUUAUUAGUCUUAAAUUUUUGCUCCUCUCCUCCCCCUGCAAUCUUGUUUGCUGGCAAAGAGUGCUCCUGGAUAAAAUGAAUCCAUCAAGUAGCAAAUGAAUACAGACUGAAAAAUGAGGAAUAGCCAAUCAGUUUUCAUCUGACAACUUGACUGGUAGGAAGACAGGAGUGCUCCUGACGAAUACCAUGGUGUUGGAGAGAGGUGUUCCUGGCUUGUGGGAGGCGGCUCUUCCGUGGCGUUCUCUGCCACCACCUCAACAGGGGUGAGAACCAGUGCAUUAGAGGACCAAGGGGGUGUGCUGUUAGACUCUGCAAGCUCCUGGCUGCCUUCCGGAAUGACCUCCCCCCAACCCCCAUCCAAUCCAUUCCAGAACCUUACUGAGCGUAUGCUCUGGCUACAGUCUGUGCUGGGUGCGUUUACAAAGUAGUUUUACUGAGAUAUAAUUGAUACAUAAUAAACUGCACAUAAUUCAACUGUACAAUUUGAUGCGUUUUGAUACCACUACAAUCAAGAAAAUGAGCAUACCCACUGUCGCUAAAAGUGUUCUUGUGACCCCCUGUAAUCUCCGUGCCCUCACUGCUCCCCAACUGCUCUCGCACUUUCUCUGGGCACCGCUGAUUUGCUUUCUAUUACUAUAGGCUAGUUUGCAUUUUUCAUCAUUUUAUAUAAAUGGGUCAUACAGUAUAUACUAUUUUGGGGGUGUGGCUCCUUUCACUCAGUAUAAUUAUUGGCUUCUUUUACUCAGUAUAAUUAUUUUGAGAUUCAUUUGUGUUGAAUGUAUCAAUAUCAAUAAUCAAUUCAUUCCUUUGGGUUGCUGGGUAGUAUUUAAUUAUAUGGAUCUAUCACAGUUUGUUUAUCUGAACUGGAUAGUGGCUAUUACAGUUAUUUCCAGGUUUUGCUAUAACAAGUAAAGCUGAUAUGAACAUUCAUGCAGAAGUCUUUGUAUGGAUCUAUGCUUUCAUUUCUAUUAAGUAAAAUACCUAGGGGUGUAUUGGUUGGAUCAUAUGAUAAGUGUAUGUUUAAAUUUUUAAGAGACGGCCAAACUGUUUUCCAAAGUGUUUGCGCUCUCUUACGUUCCCGCCAGCAGUGUGAGUGAGUUCUGGUUAUUUCACAUCGUCACCCACGCUUGGUACGGUCAGCCUUUUAAAUUUGAGCCAUUCUGGUGUGUGUGUGGCAGUAUUUAUUGUGGUUUUAAUUUUUAUUUCCCUAAUGAUUAAUGAUAUUAUGUGCUUAUUUGCCAUCCAUAUAUCUUCUUUGGUCAAGUAUCUAUUAAAAUAUUUUGCCCAUU